AUGGGCCCCAGCCGGCUCGAAGACGAGGAGCUGUCCAUCUCGCUGCCACGUAAUCAGAGCCGCCGGUCGCACGCCGCGCUCGCCGCGGCUGGUCAGGGUGGACACGCCGCACCGCCCACCAUCAACGUCGUCGACCAUGGCGCAUCAUCAGCACAAGGGGGCGCCGCGGAGGCGGCGGGUGCUGGUGCCGGCACGGGCUCUGGCAAGAGCAAGGGCAAGUCCGGCUCGCACCAUCUGCCCGACCGCAUCAAGUCGACCGAUGCACGGCUCGACCAGUACAACGUCGUGCGCACGCUGGGCGAGGGCUCGUUCGGCAAGGUCAAGCUGGCCAUCCACAAGUCCACGGGCCAGAAGGUGGCCCUCAAGAUCAUUUCUCGCAAGAAGCUCAUCAGCCGCGACAUGACGGGCCGCGUGGAGCGCGAGAUUGAGUUUCUGCAGCUGCUGCGGCAUCCCCACAUUAUCAAGCUGUACACCGUUAUUAAGGAUUCCAACGACAUCAUCAUGGUGUUGGAGUACGCCGGCAGCGAGCUGUUCGACUACAUUGUGAAGAAGGGCCGCAUGGCCGAGCCCGAGGCGCGCCGCUUCUUCCAGCAGAUGCUGUGUGCUGUCGAGUACUGCCACCGCUACCGUGUGGUGCACCGUGAUCUCAAGCCCGAGAAUCUGCUGCUCGACGACAAGCUCAACGUCAAGAUUGCCGAUUUCGGCCUCAGCAACAUUAUGACCGACGGCAACUUUUUGAAGACGAGCUGCGGCAGCCCCAACUAUGCCGCUCCCGAGGUCAUCAACGGCAAGCUGUACGCCGGCCCCGAGGUGGACGUCUGGAGCUGCGGUGUCAUCUUGUAUGUGCUGCUCGUCGGACGCCUGCCCUUUGACGACGACCACAUCCCCAGCCUGUUCGCCAAGAUCGCCAAGGGCGCAUACAUCCUGCCGUCAUGGAUGAGCGCCGGCGCCGCUACGUUGAUCAAGAAGAUGCUCGUUGUCAACCCCGUGCAGCGGGCCACCAUUGACGAGAUCCGCCAGGACCCGUGGUUCUUGGUGGACCUGCCCGACUACCUGCGCCCGCCCGCCCAGCCUUUCUUCAACACGGGCAUCGACCCAGAAAAGUCCAUUAAGACGAGCGACAUUGCGCCCAACGCGUCCACCAAGGUACAAGAGAAACUGCACAACGAAGUCACGGACAAGAUUUCCAAGACCAUGGGCUACGGCAAGAAGGACGUACAAGAAGCCCUUGAGGCCGACGAGCCUUCGGCCAUCAAGGACGCCUACAUGAUUGUUCGCGAGAACAAGUUGAUGCAGAUCAACCCCAAUUUUGGUGCCGACAACCCGUACUUUGCGACAUCGCCAACAUCGGGCAGCAGUUCCGGGUCCAACUCCAUUGCAGCCGUGGUGUCCGGCAGCGGCGAGCUCGACCCGGGCUCCAGCCCGCUCGGCAUGUCCUCCGGCCGCUCGAUCGGCUCCAACAGCACCGGCAACUCGCCACGGCCGCACGUAUCAAAAGUGGGCGUGCUGCCGAGCAGCUUGCCUGCCUACCACAAGGACUACAUGGCUGGUAACAUCAACGCCGAUGUGGUUCCUGCACCCAACGACGCGCCGCCUGCGCCCGCGCGCACGCUGGCCGAGCAAGAGGAAACGGCCCGCCGGCUGCGGCCCCACUCGCGCAGCCAGAUCCGGCUCGACGAGUCUAGCAAACGCCCGCAGGGCAUGACACCCGUCAACCCGCCCAAAAAGUCCAAACCCGUGCGGUGGCAGUUUGGUAUCCGCUCACGCAACGUCGCCUGGGACGCCCUGCUGUGCAUCUACAAGGCGUUAAAUCGUCUAGGCUGCAGCUGGGUCGUUGACGAGGACUUUGACAAGUACAACGACGACGAGGGAGGCACAAGGGGCGGCGACGACAGCUACGACGACGGCUACGGCGGUUCUCUGCGACGCGGCAGCCGCGAUGACGUCACCAAGAAAUACCGCCUGCCCGCCGACCCGUGGCACAUCCAGGUGCGCUGGACGACCGAGGGCAUCCGCCAGUCCGCCGUCAAAAACAACGCCGCAAGCGCCGAGGACGUUGCCGCGGACAAGACGAUGGUUCACAAGACGGACGACGACAGCCAAUACCAGGUCGUGGCCGUGCGCCUCGACAUCCAGAUCUAUGCUAUGGAGCCGUCUGUGUACCUGGUCGAUUUCAAGUGCAACGGAUACGAGACUGCCGAGGGCUUUACCCUCGAGGAGAAGGAAGUGUCGAGCGCGUUCCCCUUCUUGGACCUGGUGGCGAAGCUCAUUCUGAUGUUGGCAGACGGCGAAUAG